AUGGCAGGAGGAGUUAUCGUUUCGUCGCAUGGAAGGGACUACCCCGGCAAACUCACUUUCAAGGUCUUAAUAACUUGCAUUGUCGCAUCCAUGGGUGGCUUGAUUUUUGGUUACGAUCUUGGAAUUUCAGGUGGAGUUACGUCCAUGGAUUCGUUCUUGGAAAAGUUUUUUCCGGCUGUUUACAGAAAGGAAGCGUCGGCGAAAGCAUCUGACGAUCAGUACUGCAAAUUUAACAAUCAGACGUUGACGCUCUUCACAUCGUCGCUGUAUCUCGCGGCUUUGAUCUCAUCGAUUUGCGCAGGAUCAAUAACCAGACGUUUUGGGAGGCGUACUACGAUGAUUUGCGGCGGAUUGCUUUUUUGCGGCGGUGCACUCAUCAAUGGCUUCGCUCAAAGGGUCUGGAUGCUCAUUGUCGGUCGCCUUCUUCUUGGUUUUGGCAUUGGAUGUGCCAAUCAGUCCGUGCCAAUCUACGUCUCUGAGAUGGCUCCAUACAGAUAUCGAGGUGCUCUGAACAUGAUGUUCCAAUUGGCAAUUACAAUCGGCAUCCUCGUCGCCAAUCUCCUGAACUAUUUCUUCUCUCAUAUCCACGGUGGUUGGGGUUGGCGGUUGAGCUUAGGGGGCGCAGUCGUGCCUGCUCUGAUCAUGAUUGUCGGCUCCUUUUGUCUCCCCGACACGCCAAACUCGUUGAUUGAACGCGGCCAUUACGAAGAAGCAAAGGAGCAACUGGUGAACAUUCGCGGCAUUCCCCAAGUGGAAGAGGAGUUUAAGGAUCUUGUCGCCGCCAGCGAAGGGUCGAAACAAGUGGAGCAUCCAUGGGUUGCCAUAUUAGAAAGGAAGUACAGGCCUCAGCUUACGAUGGCGAUCGCCAUUCCCUUCUUCCAGCAGCUCACCGGCAUGAACGUGAUCACGUUUUACGCUCCUGUUCUGUUCAAAACACUUGGUUUCGGAAACAAUGCUUCACUCAUGUCUGCCGUGAUCACCGGUACCGUUAAUACCCUGGCAACUUUAGUUUCCAUUUUUAGUGUUGAUAAGUGGGGAAGAAGAUCUCUUUUCCUUGAGGGUGGCAUUCAAAUGUUCAUCUGUCAGGUUGUUAUUACAAUUGCAAUUGCUGCAAAAUUUGGAGUGACUGGAAACCCUGGAGAUUUGCCCCAGUGGUAUGCUUUUGGGUUGGUGUUCUUUAUCUGCAUAUACGUUGCUGGAUUUGCAUGGUCGUGGGGGCCUCUAGGAUGGCUGGUACCCAGUGAGAUUUUCCCUCUAGAAAUCCGGUCAGCAGCUCAGAGCAUCAAUGUCUCAGUAAACAUGAUCUUCACCUUCGCCAUUGCACAAGUCUUCACGUCAAUGCUGUGCCAUUUGAAGUUCGGCCUCUUCAUCUUCUUUGCAUGCUGGGUGGUGAUAAUGAGCUUCUUCAUUUACAAGUUCUUGCCGGAGACGAAGGGUGUUCCAAUUGAAGAAAUGGCAGUUGUGUGGCGAAAUCACCCUUUCUGGAGCAAGUUCGUCUCUUCCGAUGGAGAGCCUGGCCCGGGAGGAGAUGUUCAGAUGGUCAAAAGAGUAGACAUUGCUUAA